AUGACCUUCCGUGAAAAUCUAAGCAAUGGGCCACCAAUGGGCCACCAGUCACGGCUCCCAGUAAAAUCCCACAUUAGGACACCAACAAUGCCUUAUUCUGGCCACCCUACAGUACCUUUUAAUAGCGACUCCUUAACACCUAAAAUAUUAUUGCCCUCAACCAUGCCUUCUGCUGAGGGCCAGGCAAGGCUGUCCUCUUUGGCUCAGAUGUUGUCUACUAGAGAUCCCCACAACUGUGGAGUACCCCCAGCUGGGUCCCCAUUAUUGCUGACUUUAGAAUCCCAGGACUCUUUUGUUAGCCAGCCAGCCUCCCAGGAAGACCCCUUCCACCCUGAGCGACCCAUAUCUACUCCACAAAGUGUGGAGCAGAGGCGCAGGGCCCUGGAAAGAGCACCCAGGAGGAGAGCCCUGGCAAGGCCUUACUGCUGCCAUGAGAACUGUGGACAAGCUUACACUAAGUGCUCCCACCUUCUGAGUCACCAACACAAACACACAGGUGAGAGGAUCUAUAAAUGUGAGUGGGAAGGUGGUAAGUGGUCUUUCUUCCUUUCUAAUGAGCUUGGACAACAUAUGCAGAUACACACCAGAUACUGA